AUGUUUCAAAAGUACUGCAAAUACGAUUUCAAUGACGAAAUGGAAGAAGAGCAACAAAAAAAAUUGUAUUAUUGUUCGUAUGCAGGCUGCGCAUCAUAUUUUGAUAGACCCUAUAGAUUAGCACAGCACUUUCUGGCUCACAAUAACAUAAGACCAUUUCCUUGCAAUCAGCCUAACUGCAACAAAGCAUACACAAACAAGAGUCACUUGGAUCGCCACAUGAAUUCUGUGCACUUGCCUCAAGAAAAGGAUGUAGUUUACAGCUGUUCACAAUGCAUGAAACCAUUUGCAAACCGUCAGAAUCUCAAAAGACAUAUUAAUACUGUCCACGCUGUUCAGUUCACAUGUGAUCUGUGUAAAAUGACCUACAAAAAGAAAAAUCAACUUACAGCCCAUAUGUAUCAACACACGGGUAUAAAAGCUUUCAAAUGCGAUAUUUGCACAGAAUCAUUUGUUAGUCUUUACCUAAAGAAGAGACACAUGAGAUAUCACAAAACUUACAAAUGUGAAGAUUGUGAUUUAGUUUUUAAUCACUGGUCAAAAUAUCAGAAACACAAAAAAUCUAAACAUGUUCAGAGUUACUCAUCAACUCCUCAACAACUUAAAUCAUUAAAAUCAUUAUUUGAGAGCAAUGUCACAGUUUUACAACCGAAAUUUAAUUUACGGCUCCCCGGCGGUGAGCGUCAGAUGUGGCAGUCACCUUCGGCCGAAGACUACGCCGAAGUGUUUGUUUGUAAUGAAUGUAAGAGAACAUUCAAAGAAAGAGGUCACAUAGUAAGACAUCUGAAAACACAUGGUCAGAAAAAAAUUACCAAAACAUUCCCUUGUCCCUAUGAAAAUUGCCCAAGGUUUUACUCCAGGAAGAGUAAUCUAAAGCAGCAUAUUUUAGUUAGCCAUAUGCAAAUAUACCACAAAUGCACACUUUGUGAAGCACAACUAUCCACCAAGGCUAAGUUAAACUAUCACAUGCAAUUGCAUUAUAAAGUGAAACCAGAAGUAGUACCAAAAACUGACAAGGAGCGGAAGCCUCGGAAAGAUGAAGGAACUUUCAAAAUAUCAACAGCUCUCAAAUUAUCUGGAUUGCCUGCCCCACCUGAGAAAUCUGUUACUUCAAACAGACCUGUGAAUUUGUCUGUAAAACCUGAACACAUAGAGGUUGAAGUGGAUGUUCAUGUCUGA